AUGGAGAAGGUCUACAGAGAAAAUGAAGGAAAGCUAGAAAAUAAAGGAAAUUUAGACAAUGAGGGAAAGCCAGAAGAUGAAGUACAGUCUGAAAAUGAAGGACAGUCAAAUGAGAAAGAAAAGCUGGAAGUGGAGAGGAAGUCAGAACAGGAACCGGAGGUCCAGAAUGAGAGGAAACCAGACAAUGAGAGACAACCAGCAGGUGAGGGGAAGCAAGAAAAGCAGGGCAAGUCCGAAGCUGAGAGAAAUCCACUCAGGGAAGGCAAGCGGGAAUCCCAGGCAAAGCCAGAGAGCCAGUCUCAUGCUGCCGAAAAGCGCCCUGCUGAAGAUUAUGUGCCCCGGAAGGCAAAAAGAAAAACGGACAGGACGAUAGAGGAUUCCCCCACAGACUGUAAAGAGGACACUCCCGUUAGGCAUUUGGACCCUGAAGAAAUGAUAAGAGGAGCAGAUGAGUUGGAAAGGCUUAGGGAAGAGAUAAGAAGAGUAAGAAACAAGUUUGUGAUGAUGCAUUGGAAGCAAAGACAUUCACGCAGCCGUCCUUAUCCCGUGUGCUUUAGGCCUUGAAUUCUUUUUUUUUUCUGAUAUUAAAAUCUUGCCCCAGCUUUCUGUUAGCAUUUCCUGAUGUAUCUGUGACUUUUGCUUUAUUUUUAAUCAUCUGGUGGAGUUUUGUUUUAGGUAUAGUUUCCUUGUUUUCAGCAUCUGCAUUUUGUAUUUUGACACAUUCUCUAGGUCUAUUUUUCGAUUGGGAAAUUUCACACAUAUGCAUGAAAAUAUGUUCAUUUCAUCUUAUAAAGUAAAACAUAACAGGUUACAAAGCAGCAUAUUUAGUACCAGCUCACAUAUGUAGGAGAAAGUCUCAAAUUGUGUGUGUGCACGCGUGUGUAUACAUACAUGCAUAUAUCAGAAAUCUAACUGUGCUUGUUUCUGUGUGCUGUUUUUUUUUUGCUUAUAUGUAUUUUUUAAUGAACACAUCACACACACAAAGAGAAUUAAAGUUUUUUUAUUAAUUAAGAGUCAAAUAAUUUGCAACCAGCUUAUAAGGGCAAUGGGGGCACUUAAACUCUUGAUAAAAGAACUAUUAAAAAAAUGUAAACCUCGAAAUACCUCUGGAUCUCUUAGCCAGAGGAAUAAAACUGGCAAUUAU